AAGCAUCAAUGUGUCUACGGUUUUCGUUUCCAAAUGAGUAAAGAUGGAAUCGUUUAAGCAAAAUGACGGCAAUCGUGAUGAGUUAAUUAUUAAACAGCAAAAGGAAAUCGAAAAGGAGAUUAUUGAAACAACACCAUUGGUCAGCGAACAGUUACCGCUAACGUGCCUGUGGACAGAGUACAAUGGCGACGAGAUCUUCACCGCCAAGAUCGAGGAUCUCUCCAAGAAGUACAAGUUCAUCCGGCGCACACGCCCCGACGGCAACUGUUUCUUCCGAGCCUUUGCCUAUUCGUACUUAGAGUACUUGAUCUCAAAUGUUAGUGCCUACCAGGAGUUCCGCAAACUGGCCGAGGAGUCCAAAGACAAGCUCGUUCAACUUGGUUUUCCCAGCUUUACUUUAGAGGACUUUCACGAAACCUUCAUGGAGGUCAUCAAGCGCGUGAGUCCGGAGAAUGGCCAAAGCCAGAGCCAGGUGCAUAGCGAGCUACACAAGAUUUUCAAUGAGCAAGGCUAUUCAGACUAUGUGGUGGUGUAUUUGCGUUUGAUAACGUCGGGAAAGCUGCAGGAGGAGGCCGAUUUUUAUCAAAAUUUUAUUGAGGGCGACUUCACAAUCGAAGAAUUUCGGCAUCAGGAAGUUGAACCCAUGUACAAAGAAUCCGAUCAUAUUCACAUUAUUGCCCUGUGCACCGCUCUUGGUGCGGGAGUGCGUGUUGAGUAUUUGGAUCGAGGUGAGGGUGGAACGGUCAAGGCACACGAUUUCCCCGAGGGAACAGAGCCCGGAAUUUACCUGAUUUAUAGGCCAGGUCAUUAUGAUAUAUUGUAUCCAAAUUAAAUUGCUCUUAAAAUUAAUUUUUAGAAUAUGUA